AUGUCUUGGAGCGUGAACGUGAAUGGUUUGCCAGCGGAGAACGACCUAAAAAUGACUAAGGAUGGCUCUUUACCUUCGUCGUCAUAUAACUCGCCUCGAAAUUCAAUUAUGGAUAUGGCUAAGCCAUAUAUGAAUCCUCGAGGUCUUAGCUGGUUCGUCACAGGUCUAUUCGUUGUUGGAGACCUGGCUGGUGGUGGAUUGGUGGCGUUACCGACGGCUAUGAUCCAAAAACUCGUCUCAUUAUGCAUUGAUAUCACCCAAUUUGGAAUUGCUGUUGUUUAUUUGCUAUUGUCUUCGAAGAACAUCCACGACAUGAUUAAGGUACGGUAAAA